AUGCCAGGCUCCCACGAUCUCAGCGUGGAGAAUUUGCGGUUGCAUGAACGUAGUGUGGAGAAGGAGAGAUUUAAUGUUAGAAGUGGUUAUGUGGUGAGGACUGUCACUGAGGCUACUACGACAAGACCGCCUGCAAAGCCUACGAGUGUUGUGAGAGAGACGAGGAGUGAGAAGGCUGGAGCAAAGGCAGGAUCGAAGGCCGCGUCAAAGGCUGGAUCCAAGGCAGGAUCGAAGGCUGGGUCGAAAAUUGGACCAAGGGCGGGAUCGAAGACAGGAUCUAAGGAUGGUUCCAAGGCUGGAUCGAACCGAGGAGGAAGCAUCGAAAAACAAGACAACGACAAGGAAGUUUUGAUCGUCACAGUCAUUGAAGAAGAAGAAGAAGAGCAAGACGAAGCCGGAAACCUACCUCCCAAAGCUCCUUCAACAAUCCACACUCGAGUCAGCAAAACUGCUUCUGCAAAUCCUCCAGCCUCUGUCCAUCCCUCGCAUCACUCGCAUCACUCUCAUCACAGCACCCACAGCAGAAGAUACGAUCUCUACAACAUCCCCGUUGGUAUCCCACUUCCACCCGGCUUCUCCAAGGUACCAGAGAUCAAGGAGAUGGAUGGUUUUGAUGCAAAAGAUAGAGAGAUGGCGUUGGUCAAACUUCCUUCUCUUGCUGCUGUGAAAUCUACUUCCGGAAUACUGCCUGAGAGGCAAGUUGCGAAACGAUUUCCCACACCUUCGCAUGUUAGCAGCAGCCAUCACAGCAACAGCAAAAGCAAAGCCUUGGAUAACGGCGGUGGGGCUGGACGUAGGGAUCAAGGCAGGUGGAAUGAGUAUGACAGAGGAGAUAUGAUCUUUGAGGAAGUAAGAGAAGUUACGAGAACAAGAUAUGUGGUCAAGAUGCCGGAAGAUAAGAUUGGAGAGUGGAGGGUCUGA